CCCCGGAGCCCGCCUUUCCCCAUUCCCCCACGUCCCGAAUCGGAGGCGCGGACCGAGUGUAAACCGGGGAGAGGAAGAGGAACCUCGGUGCCCGGUCAGGGAGGUACCCUCCCUGACAGGUCUACCGCCUGCCUCCCCGAGGUCCAGGCUCAUCACGGGCCCUGAGGCCUCCCUCCGAUUGCUGCUGCACCGCGACACUGGGGUUGGAGUUGGCUGUCUAGAUCCUCACUUGUGCGAGGCAUGUGUGCAAAGAGGUCCUGUUCAGCCGAAAAAGGACUGGGCAAGUCAGGGGAAGGGAAGCUGCCGUGCAAAGUGCUGUGUGUGAAACCCUGGAGAACAAUACAAGUGGCUCUGGCGGCCUCCUCUGUGGAUCAAGCUAUGGUGAAAGAUGUUUCGCAAGGGCAAGAAGAGACACAGCAGCAGCAGUUCCCAGAGCAGUGAGAUCAGUACAAAGAGCAAGUCUGUGGACUCCAGCCUGGGAGGUCUUUCAAGAUCCAGCACUGUCGCCAGCCUCGAUACUGACUCCACCAAAAGCUCAGGACAAAGCAACAGCAAUUUGGACACAUGUGCUGAGUUUCGAAUAAAGUACGUUGGUGCCAUCGAGAAACUGGACGUGUCUGAGGGGAAGAGCCUCGAAGGACCACUAGACCUGAUAAAUUACAUAGACGUUGCCCAGCAAGAUGGAAAGUUGCCUUUUGUUCCCCUGGAAGAAGAGUUUAUUCUCGGUGUUUCCAAGUACGGCAUAAAAGUUUCCACCACAGAUCAGCAUGGUGUUCUGCAUAGGCAUGCCCUGUAUUUAAUCAUCCGGAUGGUGUGUUACGAUGAUGGCCUGGGAGCUGGGAAGAGCUUGCUGGCACUCAAGACCACAGAUGCAAGCAAUGAAGAGUACAGCCUCUGGGUUUACCAGUGUAACAGCCUGGAGCAAGCUCAAGCCAUCUGCAAGGUCCUGUCCACAGCGUUUGACUCCGUGUUGACCUCUGACAAGUCCUGAAGUCUGCAGUCAAGUGGAAACUGACCCAUCAUGAGCUCACCUAUUCCUGCAUCUGCCUGCCGCAGUGGACUGUUAGAGGGUAUAACGCCCUGAUCCAGUUUCCUGAAGUGUAAUGUAUAAAACAUGGGUCUUAUACUAAAAGGUGUCAUUAACAGGAGGUUAACUUUCAAUAAAUCACCUUUCUGGGUUAAAAGAAA